AUGGACCGAAAUAUGCCUGAAGGGCCAGAUUUUAUCCAAGACUCUAUUGAUAGCUUGAGGGUGGUACAAGAGAACAUGAAGGCAGCACAAAGUAGACAGAAGAGUUAUGCAGACAACCGUCGCAGAGCUUUGCAAUUUGAUGAAGGUGAUAAAUUGAGAAAGUAUAUCCACGAUCCAUCACAUGUGUUAGUUAACGAACCCCUCCAAAGUGAUGAAAACCUAGCUUAUGAAGAAAGACCAAUUAGAAUUUUAGAUCAUCAAGUGAAAGAAUUGAGGAAUAAAAGAAUACCUAAAGUUAAAGUGCUAUGGUCGAACCAUCAUGUCGAAGAAGCAACCUGGGAAAGCGAAAUUGAUAUGAGAGAACGCUAUCCCCAGUUGUUCAUAGGUUCAAGUUUCGGGACGUAA